GUUAGCUUCUGCUGCUAGCAGCUAGCUGCAACGGUCACCUCUUGCUGUUACACGUUGACUGUAAACACUAGCUAAGAUUUAGUUUACUAUGUUUUUCGAUAGUUUAUUUUAAUUAUCUGAUUUAACAACCUUUUUUUAAUGUGACGCGGUUGAAAUGUCACUGUCGUUGGACGUCGCGGAACUAGCUAGCGUUAAGCUAAUGCUAGUGGACGUUAGCAAGCAACGGUCAGUUUUAAACCAGCUGAGUUGUUACUGUGUAUUCAGUCGGGAAAGGUAAUGCACAAGAGAACUGAAUAUAAUGAGCACCAUGAUAAAGUGUUUGUCUAAAGAAGUUCAGGGGAAACUUCGCUCCGGAGUUGCUAUCCCGUCACUCCAGCAGUGCUUAGAGGAGCUUAUCCUCAACAGCAUCGAUGGCGAGGCGACCUGUGUGGGAGUCAGGAUGGACAUGGAGGCGUUCAAAGUUCAGGUGAUCGACAACGGCACCGGGAUGAGCGCUGAGGAUAUGGAGUGCGUGGGAAACAGAUACUACACAAGCAAAUGCAGCUCCGUGGAAGACCUGGACAACCUCAGGUGGUAUGGCUUCAGAGGAGAAGCCCUUGCAAGUAUAGUCUCUCUAGCCACACUAGUUGAAAUCUCAUCCCGGACCAGAUCAUCAGUGAAAACUCACGUUAAAAUCUUCAAGGAUGGUAAAUGCAUGAACGUGUUUGAGGCAGAGACUGCUCGGCCCUCUGCAGGAACAACUGUUGUCAUUUGUAACUUCCUCCACAACAUGCCAGUCCGGAGGAAGAGGAUGGAUGCUGUGCUGGAGGGAGAGAGAAUCAGGCACAGAGUGGAGGCUAUUUCUCUGAUGCAUCCCUCUGUGUCUUUCACACUGAAGAACGACUGCACAGGAGCCAUGAUGGUGCAGCUCCCAAAAGCAAGGAACACCUACCACAGGUUUGUUCAGAUACACAGCCUGGGGCGAGCACAGAAACUUGGAGAAGUCAGCUACACACACGGUCAGUUUGAAGUGGUUGGUUACAUUGGCAAAGAAGGCCACUACAACAACAGCUUACAGUUCCUGUAUGUAAAUGAGAGACUGCUCCUGAAAACACGCAUACACAAGCUCCUGAACUUUCUCCUACGCAGACUGAGCAGCUCAAAUCAGAAAAAUGACAGUCCAGAUGGGCAGUCUGCCAUCAGGAGUCCAAAGCACAAACGAAGCCAAGAGCUGCAAGGAGUAUACAUCAUCAAUAUUAAAUGCCCUUACUCAGAGUAUGACAUAUGUCUUGAGCCUGCCAAAACUCUAAUAGAGUUCAAAGAUUGGGAUGGUAUUUUGCUCUGUAUAGAAGAGGCAGUGAAAGCUUUCCUGAGCAGAGAGAACCUGGUGUCUGUGCUUUCUCGAGAUGACUUGGACUAUGCACAACCCGAAUGGUUUGGCAUACACAAUACAGACCAAGAAGGACACAACACGGGCAAUGGUGGCCAAGUAACUAGUAUUGCUCCCACACUAGAUUGCAGUAUUGGAAUGACACUGGCAUCUCAUCCUGUUCAUCGUAAGCGCAAAGAUGACUGUUUAUGUGAGGAGAGUGUUAACCAGGAGUCUGUUCAGAUGGAGUGCAAAGAAGAGAGGGAACAGGGGGAGAAAACGAUAACUGCAAAUGAGUUGGAAAAUAUAAAAAGUGAUGAAAGCAUUAACAAAGAAUUUAGAGAUGAGCCUACUUCUGAUAACAUGGCUGAAGAAGAGGAGCCAGAAUUCAGUGAGGUCGGGGAAGGCUCUCAGAUAUGCGUGUCAAGUUUAGUCGGACAACUAGAAAGUGAAAAACUCUCAAAAGAAAAAGAGAUACCAUUAAACAGUACUACCUCAACCAGCAAUGUAACUUCACCAGACAGCAUCACUCAACAAAUUCAGUCUGACUUUAAUAGUGUUGAGCAAACAUUACCUGACUGCCAGGGUACAGGAGGACAUGAUCAUACUUUAGUAAGUAACAAAAAGAUAAGUCUGUCUGAUCCAUUCAUUCAUGAAAAUCUGCUGAGUCAGGGCCCAACCCAAAUUAAUAAGUCAGUAUUUCAGCAGCAACUUUUCGCACAGAAAUGUGAAAAGAAAUCCUUUGCGUCAAAACACAAAAUCUCACUGGAUGUGGGCCAGGACAGAACUUAUCAGACACAAUACAAAGACGUCACUCCUGUAAUCCCCUCAAAGAUUCCCAGAAUUGCAUCUUGUCAAAAGUUGUCUUUAUGUAAAGAGCCUGGAUCUCUUGAGAAGUUUAGGAGAGCAUAUGGUGAAUCCGAUGGACUGAAACUACCCUCUCAAGAGACUCAUCAAGAGAAUAAUUUUAGACUUCCUCAGACAGACGGCUUUGUUUUGAAUCUCCGGAAUUUGCUGGUUUGCCAGAAAGAUCAGCAAGAUGGUAGUGUCACAGAGAUGGAAACAGAAAAGGCACAGAGCAGCCUCCGAAGCCCACCAACGCUCUCAGUUUUCACAAAGUUGAAACCAGUCUCAGGGCAGCAUAGAAGCAAAAAAUCUUUGGCAGCCAAACUCUGCCAAUUGAAACAACACAAGGCAGACAAUUCAAAAGUAUUACCCAACUUGUCCAGGACUACCUCACAGGAAAAUACCUGUCUAAGUGGUGGUAAUGACGGCACCCAAGAUAGCAAUAACAACGAGAAUCACGGUGACACUGCAGUGAAUCCUGAGCCAGUCCCGUGUUGCAGUACAAAUCCUCUGCUGGCUGAGAGGGAAGAGGCUACAAUGUCAGGUGACUGGCUUCACCACUACGAUGCAUCUGUGGGAAAGACGGUUUACGUUAACAAAGUGACUGGACUUAGCAGAUAUGAAGACCCACCUACUGAAGAAACACAAGUGCACUGUACAUCUGAUGUCACCAAUAUGGCAGUUAGUGUCAUCUCUGAAAUGGGGAUGGAAUACAGAUGUUACCCAUUUCAGGUGGAUCUAGUGUUGCCCUUCUUGCCUAAAUCAAGGACAGAAAGAGUGAUUAGUACAGGGCUUGAUGACAGAGAUGCCAAUGGUGAGAGCCCCACCUCACUCACAUCGUUGUACUCGAAAUGGAAUAAUCCUGUGUUUGUUCGACCUCCAAUGGUCGGUGUGGACAUAUCAAGUGGGCAAGCUGAUGGACUCGCUGUCAAGAUCCACAACAUCCUGUUUCCAUACCGUUUUUCUAAGGCCAUGAUUCACUCAAUGAAGGUUAUUCAUCAAGUGGAUAAGAAGUUUCUGGCGUGUCUUAUCAAUACAAGAGAUGAAGAGCCAGCAGCACAUGAUGAAACUGAAGGGAACCUGCUGGUGCUGGUGGAUCAACAUGCUGCACACGAGAGAGUUCGACUAGAAAAUCUAGUUGCAGAUUCCUAUGAGGAUGACCCAGAUGCACCAGGGGAAAGGCGUCUGUGUUCAUCAACCAUUUUGCCACCUCUCGAGAUCAGCGUAACAGAAGAAGAGCUGAGGCUGCUUAGGUCUUGUCAGGCACAUUUGCGCAGUUUGGGGCUGGAAGUAAAGUUCUCCCAGGCAGCAGAGCCACAAGUUUUUGUCGGGAAGGUCCCACUGUGCUUCAUGGAAAAGGAGAGUAAUGAGGUCAGGCGGGGUAGACCAUCUGUUAUCAAGCCUAUUGUUGAGGAGUAUCUUCGAGAGCAGAUUGAGUUGCUCCGCUCAACUGGUAGAGUGAGAGGAACUCUGCCUCUCACUGUGCUGAAGGUGCUAGCCUCCCUAGCAUGCCAUGGUGCCAUUAAAUUCAAUGACAGCCUGAGCAGAGAUGAAUGUCACAGCUUGGUGGCGUCCUUGUCCUCCUGCCAGCUGCCAUUCCAGUGUGCCCAUGGCCGUCCAUCCAUUGCUCCUUUAGUGGACACCCUCCAUUUGGACAUGGACGAGAAGGAGUUACAGAGACCCAACCUCCGAAAGCUGAGAAGAAUGCACAAAGCUUGGGAACUUUAUGGAAAUAGAUAAGAGCUCUGCCAGGACAUGAGCGUUGAAGACACUCCAUUUGUUCCAACAGUCACUGCAAUUUCCUCUACCCCAGAUUUCCAGUGGAUGGUCCAGCCUACGAUUAUUACAUCUGUCUCCCCGUCUC